AUGGCUCCCACAGUCCUCGUCCACGGCUCAGGCGCAAUAGGCAGCAUCUACGUCUACCUGCUCAUCAAAGCCGGCUUCUCCGUCACAGCCGUCUGCCGCUCCAACCACGACGCAGCCAAAGCUAACGGUUUCCUCAUCGACUCGGAAAAGUACGGCAACAACCUGCGCGCCCACCCCAAAAUCGUGCGCACCUCCGCCGAAGCGGCACAGCAAGGCGGCGUUUUCGACUACAUUAUCGUGACGUCCAAGGCCAUUCCGGAGGACAAGACGAGCGAGCUCAUCGCGCCUGCUGUCACGGAGGGGAGGACGUGUAUUGCGCUCUUCCAGAAUGGGGUGGGGAUUGAGGAGGAGUUUGCUGAGCGGUUUCCUCACAAUCCGCUGCUGAGUGUUGUCGUGUAUCUACCCUCGACGCAGAUCGAGCCGGCGCAUAUGCGCAUGGGCAAUUUCGAGAUGCUGCAAAUCGGCUCCUUCCCUGCUUCGGCGUACAAGGAGAAAGUAGGGGUCAAACAGGCGGCGGACACGUUCGUCGAGAUGCUUCAGAAGGCGGGGAGUAAUGCGAAGUGGUUUGACGAUGUGCAGGAGAUGCGCUGGCGGAAGCUGAUGCUGAAUGCGUCGUGGAAUCCCGUGUGUGCUCUGUCGUUGAGCAGGGAUGUGGCGUUUCUUGCUUCUGCGCCGGAUGCGGAUCGGGAGGUUGGGGCGCUGAUGAUGGAAGUGGUGCACAUUGCGCAGGCGCUGGGGUAUUCUAGCGUCAAUGAGGAGACGCAGGUGGAGCAGUUGAAGCGGGCAAAAGACCGAGUUGGUGGUGAGGGUAUUGAGCCGAGUAUGCUGGUUGAUGCGCUGAAUGGUCGACGCAUGGAAGUCGAGACUAUCUUGGGGAAUGCUGUGCGAACGGGCCGGAAGGCUGGCGUUGCGGUGCCCAAGUUAGAACUCUUGUAUGCGUUGGCAAAGGCGCUGGAUGAGUCGAUGCUGUACAGGCAGCCGGGACAGAGUUUGAAGGGAACUGAGACGAGAGCUGAACGGGGGAAGACGAAUGCUUCAUAA